GAUAUGGCGUGGCAAUUUGAAUUAAAAUGUAUUUUAAUAUGUUAUAUGGUUGAAAUGGAUUCGGCUAAUAUUUUGUUAAAGCUAGUCUACUGCACAAAAUGCGCAAAUGUUGCUUUCAUUUUCAAGUUAGCCAAGGCUUUAGGUUACUGGAAUUGUGACGUCAUGAAGCCGCGGCGUUUUACAGCAUGGCUUUGAAAUUGAUUGUAGUCCUCGUUGGCUCAAGAGGAGGUCAUCUGCAAUGAUGGCUUCUAGGAGUACGCUUCACUUCAAGCCCCCAUUGACAAUCAUCAUCACAUACGGGCUGAAGAGUUGGCUAGAAUGUCUUUGCAGAGCCAUACUCAUUGAGGGACCAAGGCAGAUACCGGAAUUUAUUGCUGCCUAUUGCGAUGAGCUGCUGGAAUUUAGAGAACGUAAUCCUUUGAUGGAUACCAAGGAUAUAACAUAUCUGUACCAAGAGAUACGUGAGGCAAAUUAUGUCGAAGACUGGAAAGCUUCCAUAGACUUAAUGCACAGGCAGCAAGGCCUACAGUAUCCACCCGGAGAGCCUGCACCUGUGCACUGCGACCAGAUGUUGCUCCUCCUGGCUGAGGAGACACUGUCAGUCAGCCAGAGGAUCAGCCCAAGAUCCACCCAGGAGUCCAAUGUCCCCUCCAGUGAGCCCAUGGGUGGGCCAGAUGAGCAGGCUCAGUCGCUGAGCAGUCCCCCUGGAGGAACCCACAAUGGAGAUGACGUUGGAGGUCAAUCCAGCCCAACCCUCCCUGGAGAUGGAGCUCAGUCCAGCCCAGCCCAGCUUGGAGAUCAACCCAGCCCAGCUGUGGAAGAGGAGGGGGCCCAGGCCGGGCCGGGUUCUGCAGUGCAGUCAGCCGUGUUCCAGAGAUCUCCGUCAGGGGACAGUCUACUGGAGGCCAACCACUCUGCGGUCCUGAUCAGCACCGACAGCGCCCCGACCAACAACACCGUCAUUGUCCACUCUGAGAAUCCUCCGGAGACCAUUGUCUUCCACAGCGACAGACGUCUAUCCUCAGGUGUAUCUUCCAGGGGUAGUUUGACCUGGACUCUUUCGGUUGGUGAGGGGAAUAAGGUUUGGGUGAAUGACCCAACAGAGGUGAUGUCUGAUGAUGUGGUGGUGUUCCACAAAGUUCCCUCAAUGGACAGCCUGUCUUGCAUGCCGUCUGCCUGGAGUAAUACCUCUUUAGCUGCUGAGGAAAAAGUGGAUCAAAAACCAGACUAUUUUCUAAACAUUUUUCUUCCUAAUCGCAUAGGAGUAUUGGACAACAGCACACAGGUUUCACAAACUGCAAUCCGCCUUUGUGAAGAGGUGAGUGCCUACCCUAUAGAAGUGCAGCAGGGGACCCUGGGACUUGAAGUUUAUCUAGGAGCUUCUCCAGCCAAUGUUGUUGGGCCUCAAAACAAUAGAACUCAAAACACACGUUCACAGGGUGUGCAGACUAGUCCAGAUCAUCAUGGCGAGCCCUCACAGAGCGUUCCUAUUGGAGCAGGACGCGUCACUCCUCAUGCUCAGCCUGCCCGCGAGAAUUACACCAAUCAGGUCUGGACACUCUACCACUUGGCCAAUGAGACAGAGGAGGGCACACUGUCCGCUAAAGUUAUCUCCCAGCCUCCGUACAAUGGUAGUGCUUAUAUUCGCAACUUUGGGGCUGGACAUGUGUUACUGGCUGAGAGGUCCCCUUCCCCUCAGAAAUCUGACACCCAGUCUUGGAGUGGCCAACCCAAACAGCCCCAGCCACCACCCUUCCUAAUGAGCCCAAGAAGGGCCUUCACACACAGGGCACAGUCCUCCACCCUCCCUCCUCCUUCUCUACCCCAGCCUCCAACCGUCCACAACCAGGAGAUCAGCAUCCCCAACUUCUUCAUGCAUCCCCAACUUCUUCCUGUGUCCCCAGGCAAGAUUGUUCGUAGCAUUCCGACCGCGAUGCAGACCGGGUCGAGGUCUGCUGUGGUCCGGCCAGGUGACCCCCCGGGGUACCUGUCAUUCUCCGUUCCCAUGGAGACGGUGAGCGGAGGUUCUGGUCAGGACGGUCAGGCCCAGUUCCUUCAGGUCAUCAGUGCCGAGGGGAACACUGUUUACUCUCCCGCUCUCAUAAACAUUUUCACCACAGAGGAAGAGGACCAGGAAGGAGCCAGGAGGCGGCCAACUAGUGCCCCAUUUAAUUGGUAG